GCCAAAUGUUUUGGCGUAAAUUUUAAACCCUCUCUCUCUCUCUCUCUCUCCAGACUCCCCCACCAAAAACAAAAAUUAAAUAUAAAAAAAAUUCCAAAUAAUUUGUUUUGUCUCUGUAAAUCACGAGGAGGAAGCUCUUUGUAUUAUAAAGAAAGAGUUUUCUCAGAUCGGGGGGACACUGUUCCCACUUCCAAUCCAACCCUCCGAUCCCCAUCCCAACCCACAUUGCCCCGGAUCGCAUCGUGCAUUUCUAAUUUUCUUUAGUCGAUGUGUUUUGGAUGCGAUUUGAUUCUUUGUAUUAGCAUUUGUUUCGAUUCGAUUCGAUUUGGUUAGCGGUUCGAAGCCAAUUGGAUUUGAUUGGGAGAUUUCUGAGGAUCUGUGAGCUUUGUGAUGAUCUGAAGGAUUGGAUUUGAUUUGAUUUGAUUGCUUUGUGUUGGAGAGAUGGAUCCGUUAUCUGCAAUCAGCGAAGAGCUGGCGGAGAUCGACGGACAAAUCACCGAUAUCUUCCGUGCAUUGUCAAAUGGGUUUCAGAAGCUGGAGAAGAUUAAGGACUCGAAUAGGCAGAGUAGGCAGCUGGAAGAGCUCACUGACAAGAUGCGAGACUGUAAGAGGCUUAUCAAAGAAUUUGAUAGAGAAGUCAAGAAUAUGGAGAGAAUAAAUGACCCAAAUACCAGUAGAAUGCUGAAUGAGAAAAAGCAGUCAAUGAUCAAAGAGUUGAAUUCAUAUGUGGCUCUGAAAAAACAAUAUGCAUCAAACCUUGAAAACAAGAAAAUUGAUCUCUUUGAUGGGCCGGCAGAAGACUUUGGGGAACAAAAUGUCUUGCUAGCCUCGGCUAUGACGAAUCAACAACUUAUGGAUAAUGGAAACCAAAUGAUGGAUGAGACAGAUCAAGCCAUUGAGAGAUCAAAAAAGGUUGUUCAUGAAACCAUCAAUGUUGGAACAGAGACAACACAAGCUCUCAAGGCUCAAACUGAACAAAUGAGCAGGAUUGUCAACGAGCUGGACUCUAUUCAUUUCUCAAUCAAGAAAGCUUCUAAGCUGGUCAAGGAAAUUGGUAGGCAGGUUGCAACUGAUAGAUGUAUUAUGGGAUUACUUGUCUUGAUUGUCAUUGGGGUCGUAGCCAUCAUUAUUGUGAAGCUGGUUCAUCCAAACAACAAGAACAUUCAAGAUAUUCCUGGAUUAGCCCCUCCUGCGAUGACUCGAAAGUUACUGUGGAAUCCUUACUGAGGAGAGAUCAAAAUGGACCAUGUUAUGAGAUUACCAAGAUGGUUCGUGCUCAAGUGAAAGUUAGCUUUUACCCUGUUUUACGGAACAUAUACGGAAGCUAUAUCCCGGUAAGUUUUGCUCUGAAGGCCAGCUGAUUUUCGAGAAAGCGAGUCUCACUACUGUUGUUGUUCCUUCGUUGUGUUAUUGGCUUCAGUUGCAUGAGAUAUGUAUUAUCAUUGUUUCUUCCCUCUGACCGUAUACAAGGUGUAUUUUAGGAUGUAUUGAUUCUCAUACAUUAUCUACCCUUUGGUUGUAUUUGUAGUCACUUUUUACUGAAUCUUUGUUUGGUAAAUUAUUUCAUGUACCAAAUUAAUUUUCAAAUUUCAAAGUGAAUUUCGAUUUUCGUA